AUGGCCACGCCUAGCAAGCUGGUAGUAAAGAUCAUAGAAGAAUUCAUGGAUGAAGUUACGAUAUUUCAGAGAGAAAAUUCCUUCAAAGUACUUGUCAUUGGGGACAGUUCUGUCGGUAAAUCGCAACUCAUUUCGAGAAUGGAAAACAAAUUCUCCGAUGAAAAAUCCUUCGAAAUUGCCAGAUCAGAACGAGAAAGAAGAGAGGUUGAAUUGCAGAAGUCAAAAGUACUCAAGGCACAGUCUGAAUUUGGUCGGCCACGUUUAUUUAACAAAAUACGUAGCGAGCUUCACGAUCUUUUUGAAGGUUCUGAUCCUCCACCACCGCCACCGUCUGAACAACAAAACAGCGAGAAGGAAAAACAGGUGGCAAAGGGUGUCCGCAAUGUGACGGUCCUGCACAACAUGAUAGAAUUCAAGACCAACCUCUAUUUUAUGGAAGUCGACUUGAAAGAGUUUGAGAGCUACAAAGAGGUUUGUUUGGGCAACCUGUCUGGUGUCGUCAUGGUUUGUGAUAUCAACUCGCCAGAAACAUGCCGAUCGUGCCUCAGGUGGAAGCUUGAAGUGUUGGACCGCUUGAAGAUCUUCAAGAAUGCAACAACCCCCUGCUACCUGGUCAUCAACAAGGGUGUAGGACAAGCCUUAGCUGGUCAGUUAAGCGGGGUGCCAUUUCAAGAUAGCCCAUUUGCAAGAACUCCUUAUAAAAAAAACAUUCCAUAUCAACUACAUUAA